CCAUAAAAGUUAUAUAUUUCACCUUCCCGAGAGUGGAAGCCCAUGUCGCACAAAUUUCCGCUCAGGAAAGAUAGUUUGUGUGCUUUCGUGAUUUCAUAAUUCCAUAAUUCAACAGGACACUAUAAGUGAUAAAAGUAAUACAAUAUAUACAAGUGUGGUAUCAGUGAUAUCAUAUUCUCAUUACUGAUACAAAAUACUUUUUAUAUUAACCGGAAACUGCUUUGUGAUAUCUCCAUGGAAACAGCGAUGUCCAUCCCUGGAACGGUAAGAUGAAGAAGAGAGAAAUUAAAGCAAAGAAAGGCAUUUAAAUUGCAAUUGUCUUUCCUCUUUGUUCAACAUAAAUGCUCAGAACAAUAGUUUAGGUUUCUGAUAAAAACUUGUCAGUGUCUGACAAUAAAUGGAACAUUAAAAAUUGCUACAUCUCUUUGGCAGUUAAAAAAAGAAAUAAAAAGAAAAAAAAAACUGUAAAACAUAUGGGAGUAAAUAAUAUGCGUUUACGUUUAUGAUUUUGCUCCAUACUCUCACAAAUGCAAUUAAAUCGUCCUCUGGUAACUUUCAGACAUUUUACAGGUUGUCAUUUUUGUUGUUAAAGAACGCACUAACAGUUAUGCAACAGUGACACUACGAAUAGCUGUGUAAUGGGAAUCGUGCCUUAAUGUCAAACAACCCUAAUCCAAACAACCAUUAAUAAUGAAUUGCAGCUCUUAGGAUUACCCACAACGGAAAACAAAUGUCGAUAGACCAAUGAACAUAACACAGGUGCAAAAGUGAGACUAGCCAAGUAAAACGACCAAGAAUCCGACCACAGUACAAACCCGGCACCAUUUUACCCUUACCCGUGUCUUGGGCCGGUCGACCUCUCCCGCAAGCGCAUGUCGGGGUGUCCAUCGGCCUCUCUGCUGGAGUGGGUCUUCGCGCUGAAGGUGGAGAGGAUGAGGAGCGCCGGCCUGGUCGUGGGCUUGGCGUACCUGAGUUUCCUUCUCCUGAUGGGCUUCUCGAACGGCGUCGGGGCGUCUCGGUGCCAGCAACACGCCGACUGCUCUCCCGAAGAAUACUGCGACAUCCAGUACUCGGGAACGUGUCUCUGUCGGGGAGGCCACGUCCGAGCCCCCGACGGACGGUGCGUGGCGGGCCGUCGGGAGGGCGAGACCUGCGAGCACGACAUCCAGUGCGCCCUGCUCGACCUCAGCCUCGUCUGCCACGGAGGGAGGUGCGACUGCCCCAACGGCCUGAAGCGUCCUGACGGCGUCUGCAUCUCGGUGGUGGAGAUCGCCCAGUCCCCCGACCCGCAGCCGCCUCCUCCCGCCGCCCACCACGAGGGCGCAGGGGCGGACUUCGAGCCCAUUCCCCCCACGACCGCCACGCCCCGCUCUCCGACUGCGGCGCGGGGCGGCUUCGCGGGGCCCAUCGCCAUCUGCGUCCUGAUCGUCGUGUCCUUCAGCAUCCUCAUCAUCACGACGGCCUACAACUUCCGCGUGAGGAAUCGCCGCCUGGACGAAGUGCGGAGCAUCCUCAACUCGCGCUCCACGACCUCCAUCGCCGCCAGGGAUGGCCGGCGAGCUUCCAUAGGGAGUCUGAGGGACGCGCCCCCCUCCUACCACACCCUGCAACCCCCGUCCUACGAGCAGGCCACUCUAGACGCCGGGAGCCUCUCCUCGACGUCCCCGCAGCAGCAGCGGGCUCACAACACACUGCGACGACCCAGCUACAGAACGAGCGUGGAAACCGCCGCGAUCUCCAUCCCCGAGCUGGAUCCCAGGGCGAGGGUCUCCUUCGACGCCGUCGCCGCAGCCUCCGCCUCAGCUCCUCCGGGGUCCUCCUUCGCCGAAUUCAGCAACCUUCCCUACAUUGACGACGCUGCGUCUCCAAGGCGGUACUGAAGGUGCUUCUCGGCCCCCAUCCUGCGGGUUUCGGCCCUCCUCUUUCGCCGCUUCUCGUCGAGGAAAAUGAGUGAAACAUGUCGGUGACUUUUCACUUUCGUUAUGAAAAGGAAAGAAAACUGUCCAUGCAAGUCACGAAUGCAAUCUGAAUUAGAAAAAGGACAAGUCAUAGAGAUGGAAAAAUAGAAUUAACCAAGGAAGAGGAAUUCAAUAUUCUGAAAACUAAGUGGAUGAAAGGAAAUAUUAGUGACUUGCAUGUUGCAAUUUAACCAAAUGGGAGGUUUGCACUCGUUUACGAGUUCGGGGACCACAUAUGCUAGUCAGCACUUCGCAGUGCCUUAUGUCAGCGUUAAAAGUAUUGAAUUGCCUUAACUUGCCUUUUUAUAAUGAAGGACAAGAUCAAGAUUUGCUCUAGUCUUUUCAGUCAGUAUUAUUAACACUGUUCACAUGUAAAGAAAUGAAAGGUUCUUUAUCAAAGAUCAAGAUCUAAAAAUGGACUAGUUUGGUAUAUCACAGGUAAUGCAUUCUGGUUGAACAAAAUUUCCAAAUGGAAAGGUCCAGUUAUUUGAUAGGAAAUCAUAAGUAACGCUUUUAUCUUUGUUAAUACUGGCGAGAAGGAAAGUUACCUGAUUCAUGUGUAAUAAUACGACUGUUUGUGCUAAAAAAAGGAUGUUGAUGUUGACCAAGUACAAUGAAUUAAUGUAAGUAUUUGUGCAUUAGGUGGUUGGUCUCUUUGGGUUUCACAGCUGAUGUGACUACUUUUAUAUUUUUCGAAGUUUGUUGACGUUUGCUGUCUUGUUUAUUUAUUUAUUUCGUGUGUAUAAAUGUUACUGCUUCGUAUACUUGGAGAAAAAGGUGUCGAUAUGAUAAAAGGAAAAAUGAUAUAGUGAUAUUUUAAUUAUAUGUCAUGUAUUUUACCAUACAUCUUCCAAAAUUAUUCAUUAUUAGAAUGUGUCAACAGUAUUGCCACCGUUUCCAUUUUAAGUCACUUUUGCUUCGUAACGGUACGCAUGUAAUAAGUAUACAGAUCGCAUGUAAUUGUUUCCAUUUGUGAAAAGUAUUCGAUACAGAGAUACAGUCAACAUGUAAUAAGCGAUAAUGCAAAAAUGUACCCUUUGCCAUUUUUGUUCGGUCAAUAAUGUCUGAGUUCGAGAAGUCAGUGAGUGAUAAUCAGAUAGAGAAUUACCAUAAAUCUUUAUGUUGUGAUUUUUGACACUUUUGA